UUGUAGUAGAGAGGUGUUGAGAGGCGAAAGUGGUUUCAGAGUCCAUCUGGCGACCAAAUCUGCACUUGGAGCACAACGUGAGAGCACCGACAGACCACAUUUCUGUAUUUCUCGCAACCCCGGCUUGCUACUAUUUCGGUUGGACACAUCGUUUCAAGAUGGGUAAGAUUAUGAAGCAGGGGAAGGUGGUGCUCAUCCUCAAUGGGCGCUACGCAGGUCGCAAAGGAAUUGUCAUCAAGAACAACGAUGACGGAACCUCAGAUAAACCUUACGGACAUGCCGUGGUAGCAGGAAUUGAUAGAUAUCCUCGCAAAGUUAUUAAAAGGAUGAGCAAAGAGAAGAUCAAGCAAAGGAGUAAGAUAAAGCCAUUCAUCAAGGCAAUUAACUAUAACCACCUCAUGCCCACCCGGUACACCGUGGAUAUUCCGUUCGGCAAGCAAGAACAGAACGUGAAGACCCUCCGUGACCCCAUGAAGAGGAAAAAGGCCCGCUAUCAAAUCAAGAUGAAAUUUGAGGAGAGGUACAGGAGCGGCAAGAACAGAUGGUUUUUCCAGAAGCUCCGAUUCUAAACGCCCUUGUUUUGUAUCCUUCAAUUUUAAUUAGGAUCAUUAAACCUUUUGAUGUUGGUACUGUAUAA